AUGGCCCAUCUAACGACGCUGCCAAACGAGAUCCUUCACAACAUUCUGCAAUGGCUGGCGCCGAAGGACCUCGAGUCGCUACCCCGCGUCUGUAAAGCACUUCACAGCUUCGUGAAAGGGAAUCAGAAGUUGUGUGAAGACAUUUAUAUUCAUCAUUUUGAUUCGCCUCCCGAUGAUGACAGACUUGAUUGGGAGACUGAGUUGCAUGAUAUCGUCAAGCUCGAGAAUAUCUGUCACCGUGACAAUGUUGAAGACAAGGAGGGUGAGCUGAGUUUUGUAUACAAAGUAGUGACUCGACUGCUUAAGCAUGCCUCACCCGCAAGCCAUGCUGUGGAAACAUCCGACACUCAGUAUGCGUCCAGGAACGCAGACUUUCUCAAUGCCCUCUUUGAAGACGAGUCCAACCGUAAAGCCUUUCUUCAGAAGUCGUCUCUGUUUGAGAGGGUCUACAGAACUCAGCACCACCCGUUCCCGGCUUUGGAUAAGAAGCAACAACAAGAAAGCGCCAAGCUCCACUGCUUAUACGGCAAGCCAAUUCUUGAGACUGGAAGAUUGCGAUCCGCGAGGACGUACCCUUAUGCGUGUUCUAAAGUCUAUGAUAUUCGGCAGUACACCAACCGGACUCGAUGGGGCCCCUUCAUGGAUGAAGCUGGCGAUUUAAAAGUAGAUUGGGAGAAGGUGGAGGCAAUCCUCAUUGUACUCGGAAGUAACAUUUACACCAAGAAGCUCACGCGGCUCUUCAACGAUGUUUGGGACAGCCCUUUCUCUGGGUCGUGGAAAGGCAGCUUCAUAUCCUCCCCCAUUACCGACCAGUCGUCACUGGAUGCCAUGGAUCCAUACGGCGUGACCGGCACUUGGUAUAGAAUUGUAUGUUUCCUUGACUACAACGAUUUCUUUAGUUACAACUUCACCAACCCCGAACGAGACGAAUCCCCUCUUCACACGCUCGAUGUUGGGGAAGCUACUCGUCUUAUCAUUAUGAGGAUUCACGUCACAAAAAUCGAGCAGGCCGGACCGGAUUCGGAGUACUCCUCGGAUCUACCUAUCGUCCAUUAUGAGGGCAUCUCUCGCCCGCUUGAUGAUUCUUGGGACGACAAUGCGUCAUCUGAUCUCCGAGGCACUGUUGGCUUGACCAAGGAGGGCGAAGUACGAUGGACAUCAGUGUCCAUCUUUCAGGGACACGAGCGUUGGAAAUCAGAAGGCGUACAGCUCAGCGGUCCAAAAAGUGGCAAAGUUAUCGGUAACUGGUUUGAUAGAGACUACGACCCUCAUGGACCUUGUGGGCCAUCUGCCUUCUGGAAGGCCAGCGACUCGGAGACGGCGCAUGGUACGCACGCUGUUCUUCCCAGAAACUUUCUCCUAUGGAGCGCACUGAUUCAGAUGGAAGACUCUGAUCCAGAGGGCGAUAUGGAGUACACUAUGGAGAAUGAAGAGGAAGAGGAAGAGGAUGAUUCUGAAUCCGAGCCGGUAGCGAAUGAGCUGCCAGAGCUGUUACUGGAUGCGGAAUUGGAGAUUAUCGAGAUUACCCACCACAUCGAGGAUCAUCCAGAGCCGUCAUCUGGGGCUUGA